AUUAGAUUCACUUCUCUCUUAACUGACUGUCUGAGAGCACUUCCUCUAUUACUUUUACCAGCCCAUGGAAAUGGAGCACCAUAUGGAGAGCGGAAAGAGGAGAGGCCAGAGCAAAGAAGAUUUAAUUUCUGAGCGGACAGGGUCUUUGGGAUGUGUUGGUUGGUUCAUCGUCAUUCUCUCUGGCAUCUUUACUUUCGCCCUGUUCCCCUUGACAAUCUGGUUCUGUCUCAAGAUUGUUCAGGAGUAUGAGCGUGCCGUCAUCUUCAGACUGGGUCGCAUCACAGACAGAAAGGCUAAAGGACCAGGAAUUUUCUUUGUUUUGCCAUGCACUGACUCCUUUGUCAAAGUGGAUCUGCGAACAGUUUCAUUCGACAUCCCACCACAAGAGAUCUUGACUAAAGAUUCAGUCACAGUUUGUGUUGACGGAGUGGUGUACUUCCGGGUCAGUGACCCCAUCGCCUCUGUAGCUAAUGUGUCCAACGCUGACUUCUCCACCCGUCUGUUGGCUCAAACCACCCUGAGGAAUGUGCUGGGAACCAAAAACCUGGCUGAGCUGCUGUCUGACCGUGAGGGCAUCGCUCACGGCAUGCAGACCAGCCUGGAUGAAGCCACAGACAACUGGGGCAUCAAGGUGGAGCGUGUGGAGAUUAAAGAUGUAAAGCUGCCUCAUCAGCUGCAGAGAGCAAUGGCUGCUGAAGCCGAGGCUGCACGAGAGGCCAGAGCCAAGGUUAUUGCAGCAGAGGGUGAGAUGAACGCAUCUCGUGCCCUGAAGGAGGCGUCCCUGGUCAUCGCAGAGUCCCCAUCCGCCCUGCAGCUUCGCUACCUGCAGACUCUCAACACCAUCGCAGCAGAGAAGAACUCCACCAUCAUCUUCCCCCUGCCCAUGGACGUCAUGUCUCACUUUAUGAAGAAGUGAUUCCUCAGUUGGCUUAUCCUCUUAAGUCACUGAUAAAGACAAACAUGUGGGAUCUGGAUACAUUUCUGUAAAAUACAAAUACAAAUAAGGCCAAUGUUUUAUAUAGUGACUGAUUUCAGAUACUCCUUUACAGUUUAUAUAACAAAGCUGUCAUCAGACAAGACCCUUCAAACAAUAUGAUUUGAAUGAAACAAGGGGACAUAAUGUCUCUGAAAAAAACAUGUUUUCGAACUGGUAUAUUGUUAAACUAUUUAAUUAAUAGUGUCUAAUUUAUGAUACAAUAUAAGGCUAUGUAGAUCGGCUGUGGACUUUGAUAUAUUAAAAUGUUUAGAAUUUCAA